AUGAAGGAAUGUCAAAAAGAUGGUGGAUAUCUUGUUCGAGUCACGUCUCCAGCCAAGCAUGACGAAGUAAAUGGCUUUGAUGCAUCUAUGUCAAGUUUUGGACUAAUCAGGAGCAAUGUUUUAGGUUCUGAAUUCCAAUUCCAAUUAUACCAAAUCACGAAUGGUCUUGUGAGUGAAUUAAUAAUUCAUACCGAUGAACAAAUACCGAAGUUAUCGGAAGUCGGAUGUGCCAGAGCUUGUGCUAAACAAAAUGGGUGCCUGUCUCUUAUUUUCGAUUCUGAAGCUGGUCGAUGUUCUUUACUCUCAAGGGGCAUUCUUCAGAACAGUUCGAAACCCGAGAUACCUUAUUACAUCAAAGUGUACACAAGACGAGUUGAAAAAUGUUCCCAUUUUGGAUACCAAGACUUGAGUGUAAGUAGAACUUGUAUUAAAGUGUACAGCGAAACAAGAUCACAGCCGGAUGCGAUGAAGAAAUGUCAAAAAGAUGGAGGAUAUCUUGUUCGACUCACGUCACAAGCCAAACAUGAUGAAGUAGAUGACUUUGUUGCAUCUAUGUCAAGUCUAGGUUUUUUCAUCGACGGAAGUGACGCAGACAAAGAAGAUGAAUGGCGCCUGUCAGAUGGAAGUCCUUUGUACUUACACUGGAGUCCGUGGGAACCCAAUAUCUGUUGUAAAUUAAUUGAGCACUGUGUCAUCAUGUUCACCAACGGCGACUACAAUGACAUUGGAUGCAGUUCAUCACAUUCGUUUAUCUGUGAGAUUGAUACACUCCCUGUGGUAUAAAUACAGCCUACAUACGUUAAUGUUUGUAACAAGUGUAUUACUGCAUGUAUAAAUGAUUGGAUGCAUAUGACUGCGUCAUUUAAUGU